AUGGCAUCCAUACCUUUCAGCGCUUCGCAACGCUACCUCAGCACUCGUGGUGGCUCCUACGAUCUGUCAUUCGAAGACGUAGUCCUCAAAGGUCUCGCCAACGAUGGAGGUCUAUUCAUCCCCGAAGAAGUCCCCUCUCUACCGUCCGACUGGCAGACCAAGUGGAAGAACUACUCGUUCCAGGACCUGGCAUAUGAGAUCUUCAGCUUGUAUAUCAGCCAAAAGGAGAUACCUGAGAAGGACUUGAAGGGAAUUGUCGAGCGAAGCUAUGAUACAUUUCGAGCCAAGGACAUCACACCAAUAGUCACGCUGGAUGAAAGCAAGAACCUCCAUCUCCUCGAGCUCUUUCACGGUCCGACCUUCGCAUUCAAGGAUGUUGCAUUACAAUUUGUGGGCAAUCUCUUCGAGUACUUUCUCGUACGGAGGAACCAUGGCAAGGAAGGUUUGGGCAGGGAGCACCUUACAGUAGUCGGUGCGACUAGCGGAGAUACGGGAUCUGCUGCGAUCUAUGGACUGAGGGGAAAGAAGGAUGUCAGCGUCUUCAUCAUGCACCCCAAGGGCAAAGUCAGCCCGAUUCAGGAGGCUCAGAUGACAACAGUGCUCGAUGCGAAUGUGCACAACCUGGCUGUGGAAGGCACGUUCGAUGAUUGCCAGGACAUCGUCAAAGCUCUCUUUGCCGACCCCGAGAUCAACCGUACGCAUCGUCUCGCAGCCGUCAACAGCAUCAACUGGGCUCGCAUUCUUGCACAGAUCACCUACUACUUCCACUCCUACUUCACGCUUUGCCGACAACUGGACGCUUCGGAUCCUGCCGUGCGGUUCGUUGUGCCCACUGGCAACUUUGGCGACAUUCUUGCUGGGUACUUUGCGACACGCAUGGGACUACCUGUAGACAAACUAAUCAUUGCAACCAACGAGAACGAUAUUCUGCAUCGGUUCUGGAAGACUGGGUAUUACGAGAAGAAGCCAGUGCAUGGUGUUGAGGCCGAAGGUGGGAUCGCGGAGGAUGGUGCUAAGGCGCAUGAGAGCGGUGUUCGCGAGACACUGGCACCGGCCAUGGAUAUCCUGGUGUCUUCAAACUUCGAGAGAUUGCUGUGGUAUCUCGCCUUCAGGACCAGCUCAGUAGAAGAGACAAACCACAGGAGGAUGGAAGCGGGUGAGAAGGUGAAUGGAUGGCUCAAUCAGCUGAAGAGUGAAGGCGGUUUCGGGGUAGGCAAGGAGAUUCUUGCUGCUGCCAAGGAGCAGUUGGAAAGCGAGCGUGUGUCCGACAAGCAGACAAUCCAAACUAUUAAGGAGACCUACGGCCAGACGUUGCCAGUAAGCAAGCAUGCCAAUGGCUUGGCGAAUGGCACAUCGAAACCAGCGACGACUGGCACCGAGAACAAUGGCCACUACAUCCUCGACCCUCACUCCGCCAUCGGCAUCGCCGCUUCGUUACGCUCGAUCGCAGCCACGCAAGACGCGACUAAACAAAAGUCCCAGGCGCCAAUACAUCACAUCUCGCUUGCGACUGCACAUCCCGCGAAGUUCUCGCAUGCCGUGGAGCUGGCGUUGAAAGAUGAGGCGGACUUCAGCUUCGAGACGGUCUUGCCGGAGCAAUUUGUGGGUCUGGAGAAGAUGGAGAAGAGGGUUACAGGGUGUAAAGCUGAAUGGAAGGAUGUCCGGGAGAUUGUUGUGAGGGAAGUGGAGGAAGAGCUGAAGGGUCAGCGGUAG